UUAGGAGAGACGCACGGGACAGGCGUUCGGCGGAGGUGGGGAUUGCAGCUACUCCUUCGUGUUGUGGGCGAGCGUAGAGUCUCCACGAGUCUGCCUAGGGUUUUUAUCAAAUCGUUAAGAAGGUCCUACGGACUCGGGUAACACCAUCGCCAUGAAGUGCCAUCUCUUCCUACUCCACUGCCUUCUUCUCACUUGCCAUCAGCUGUGUGUCUGGUGUUUUCCAAAAGGCUGCUUCGCCAGCCCACAGCUGACUGUGUUCUGCACUAACCGUCGUGACCCCACCUUUCCUCGUGGUUUUCCAGAAGACAUCAAAGGAUUACAUUUGUUUGAGAAUGGCAUCAGCUCCAUAAGUGUGGAGGAUUUGUCUGGACUGGGACAGCUUGAGCUCUUGGAUCUUUCUCAGAAUUCCAUUUCAGAACUCCCUGCCCAAGUGUUUCACCUACUGGUGCAGCUCCGAAACCUGGAUUUGUCUGGCAAUAAGAUUGAGGAGAUCACCAACGGCACCUUUACGGGUCUCCGUUGGCUGGAACGCCUGUACCUCUUUAACAACCACAUCAAGACAAUCCAGGCAGGUGCCUUUGAUGGCCUGCACCACCUGUUGGAGCUUAAGCUGUACAAUAAUCAAUUCGUCGUGCUGCCCACUUUACACAUGCCCAGCUUGCUCCUUCUGGAUAUUUGCUACACUCCUACUCUUUACCUGAGGGACCCCUCUUUCCACAUGUACAACCUUGAGACUCUGAAUUUGACCAGAGUAAACCUAAGCACCCUGGACGAGAAAGCCCUGAUGAAUCUGGAGAACCUUCACACGUUAGAUAUUUCUUACAGUCACCUGAAUAGAAUCCCUUUGUCCCUGAGAACAAUGGAAGGUCUGGUAACUCUUGUGCUAGCAGGAAAUCCCCUGAUUGGUGAGUUAAAGGAGGAAGACUUCAAAGGGCUACGCCGUCUCCAGAAGCUGGACAUAAGUAAGAUGAACCUGAAGACCCUUCCCGAGGGUUUAUUUAAAUGCCUUCCGAAACUCGAGGUUCUAAUUGCGGCAGGGAAUCCAUUUAACUGCAUCUGUUCCCUGGUCUGGUUCCCCAUGUGGCUGCAAAACGGUAAAGUCGACUUGCAAAAGCCAGAGGAGACCAGGUGCCACUUUCCACCGCUGAACGCGCGCAAAAUUCUAAGCCAGGUGGAUCAUCACGAUUUCGGCUGUCCCACUACAACUACCCAAGUGACCACCACCAUUCAAACGAGUACAACUAAAAAAGUGCCCACCAUCCGAGUGCCCCCCACUCAGCCUCCAGUUGGAAGCAGCACCAUCAAGGAGCAUUCACCUGUGGCGGAGUUCUUGCCGAUUACACCGUUUCAGAGUGUAACAACCAGUCCCGAAGUCCGCAUCUGUCCCCAAAGUAUCUGCUUAAACGGCGGGACAUGUCAGUUGGAUAGCAUGGGGCAGAUUGAAUGUACAUGUAGGCGAGGAUUUUCUGGAUUGUACUGUGAAAACGAUGAGACCCCAGUUGUGGUGUCUACACCGUCACUGGAAAAAGAAGCUGCUAUCACCGCUGGCCACACCACUAGCACUUCCAUCGAGGUCAACCUUCACCACUACGUGCAAGUCAGGCCAAAUCUCAAAGGUAUCCGUCUUACCUACAGAAACCUGUCAGGGCCGGACAAAAGGCCCAUGCAGCUCAGCAUACCGGCUUCCUACCCACAAUAUACGCUACGUGGCCUCUGCGCAAACUCGACUUACUACAUUUGCGCGAGCCCUUUGGGAGAGUCUGAGAGCAAAGACAGCUGCUGCAUGGAGGCCCAGACUGCAGUUUCGAGGUACCCUUCCCCAGUAACCCAAACAAAAAAGGCUCCUGAAACGACGAUGGUGGUGUCCGUAUUGGCCGCCGUACUGGUGGCGAUUGUGGCGAUGGCAGUUACGUUUUAUUGCCUGCGCAAGAAACGAGCAAAAGGCCACCCGGACCUGGGGGCAGACCCAAUGGAACUUGAAGGCGUCAAGACUUGCAUGGAGAGUGAGGCACUGCCAAAGAAAGCGCCCGAGAUUUCCAAUGGCCAUAACGGUUUGGAAUUUGAGGUUCCCCUCAUGCAGAAACACGGCCACAUUAAUAACAACGUUUCAGGUUUAAAGUCUUCGUACUUUUGAUCCAAAGGUUGUUCUGCCACAGGACGUCUCUGACAGGAAGCUCUCUUGGACUCUCUUUUAUAAGAAGGACAAAGUUGUAAGAGCACACCGGAUCCAUAAAGUUCUGGAACUUGUGUUGACUUUUAUACCGGAUUACUAUUUUGGACCCCAGUAGGGGUCCGAACAGAACGGGUUGCUUUCACACUUGUAAAUAUUGUACAGGCCUCUUGUGCGUAACUUGUCAUGGCAACAUGUAGCGUCACUUGUGAAAGCCGCCGGUCACUGAGGCGUUUUGGGUGUUUACUUACUCAAUAUUUGAGUUGACCACAAAAAUACUAAAACGAUGACUCAAAACAAGCAAAGUACCUUUUGUAAACAUAAAAAUUUGUUCUGGUUGAUAUUUUAUACACAUGGAGCAUCAACAUGCAGAUGAAGAAAGUUCUCAGUCACUGUUCGAUCAUUUUUGAGAAUAGCAGAAGUGGACUCUGGGUAAUUUAUGCAAAGUUUUGCUCCUUUUUGCACUUUGGUCUUUUGUGUGGUCUUACAUCUUUUUUUUCUGCUAUUGGCUACAAUUUGCUUUCAGGAUGACCCAAACAUUUAUUACAAAAUGCAAUAUUUUGUCAAGAUGUAUACGAGUGGACAACCAUUCAUAGCCAUGAGUUUCAUGCAGUCCUUGAAGUGGAGACUGCUGCUGGUACUUUCUGUUAAAGUCUUAAUUUCUUCUGAGGGCAGAGACCACCGUACAUUGGACUGGAGAGCAGGGUGUGGAUGUGUGAUUGAGGGUCUGUUUGGGGGUUCCCCUUGGAGGUUCACGUAUACUUACAAUGCUCACAGUAGAUCGGAGACAUGUCCACGUUAGGUCUGAGAGUGCGGGGGGACUAGGAGUUACCUCACCAUUUUUAACAACGGACUCUUGAGCCGUACACUUAUUACGUGGCUCUCCCCUGAUUGGACGGUGCUCAUUACAACACCUCAUUCCCUGAUUGGUCACCUUUCAAGGACGAAAACCAAAUUCUGACACAGAGGAGCUGCUUUCCAUGGCGCUUUUUGCAUUGCUUACCUGUACACAUCUAAAUUGCAUUUUGUACAGUUUAAGUGCUUUAUAAAUGUAAAAAAAGGCAAUAAUUUACUCGUCGCUACAGUUUUACAAUAAAUCCCGUGGCUGGUGUUGAAUGAAAAAACAAUAUCAUGAGACAAAAGCUUACAUAUUUUUGAGUGAAAUGGAUUAUUUUUUUAAACAUGCAAUUCAGUCUAACUAAUAUGUUCCAGAGACUUUAUUCUUAACUAGCUGUACCCUGUGGCUUCGUCUACGUAGACGCGAAACAGGACAAACUUUAAAAAUCAAAUUAAAAAAAA